CUAGAUUAAGGUGGUCAGAAGUUUAUUACAGUUAAAUAUCUACAUAUUUUCAUCAGAAGUUCAGCUCUCUAGUCAAACGCAAAUAGACAAAAGGCCACAUAAUUGCUCCUUUAUUUCUCUGCCUCCACUGUCCUGUGAUUUGUGUGUAUAUCAACCCUCACCAUCUUCUCUUUCAUUCAUCUAUUGCAUCUCUCUCCCAAUCUAUUCUCAUCUGCAAAUGUCUCAGAUCUCCAUCAAAUCUCCAAAACACUGUGCAAAACAAGGGGCUGUGAACAUCGACAGGCGCCACAAGAAGCUCUUCUUCACUAUCUCUGCCUUGUUUACAUCCAUUCUUUCAAUCAUACUUCUAGUCUGGCUAAUCCUACACCCAGACAAGCCUCAGUUCUCCCUCCAACAAGCUGACAUAUACAAACUCAACCUCUCUGCGGGCACUCACCUCCUCAACUCCUCCAUCCAACUUACCUUGCUCGCUAAAAAUCCAAACCAAAAGGUCGGCAUUUACUACGACGAGUUGCAGGUGUACGCAACUUACAAAGGCCAGCAGAUAACUGUCUACACAUCUCUUCCUCCUUUUUAUCAAGGACACCAAGAUACCAGCCUCUUGACGGCAUCUCUGGUGGGAACUGGGUUGCCCGUGGCCCCUGCUCUUGGAUAUGAAGUGGGGCGUGAUCAGACCGCCGGGAAGCUGGUGGUGAAUAUGAAGGUGAAUGGACGGCUCCGAUGGAAGGUUGGUUCUUGGGUUUCUGGGCGCUAUAGAGUUAACGUUGACUGUGUUGCAGUUAUGGCUUUUGGACCUACGCUUCCAACUGGUGUUCCACUAUCUUCAAAGCAGGGGACUCAUUGUUCUACUACUGUUUGAUGAAAAUUAAGUUUACUAUCAAUAUGUAUACAUAUCUGCAGCUGACCUCGAACGCUACCUCUGUAAGUUAUUAUCAGCUUGGAUUGCUCGCUUCAGAUUAGUUAUUAUGUGAAUUAUGAUGGCUCAUACAUGUUAAGGAAAGUCGAAUUCUCUA